ACCCUCCACAACAUUUCACGAAUUUACGCCAAUUCCAUCUUCCCUUUCCUUUCUUUACCAAAUCAUCUAUUCUCUCCAAAACCCUAAACCCUUCAGGGAUACAUGCCCAUGUCCGUUGUACACUCCUCAAAGCCGUCUAAAAUGAAGGGCAUAAUCUUCAAAAUCGGCUCACUGAUUCAGGAAACGCUUCAAACCAAACCCACCAAUCCGUUCUCCCCAACCAGAUCCAUGUCCCAAUCAACCUCCAUCCCCAAGAAGCAGCAGAGAGUCCGAGAUCACGGCUACGACAACUACAUGGAAGUCGAGAAGAAAAUGCGAAAGGUUCUCAAAUUUCAAGACCUAAUUCUCGCCCAACCCAGUUCCAUCAUCUCCAUCUCUCGACUCGACCCCCUUUCUCGCCGUCUAGGCUUCAAGCAAUUCGAAGCCGGCCAUUUCAUCCUCAAAUUCCCUCACGUUUUCGAGAUUUUCGAGCACCCGGUUCAGAGAAUUCUUUAUUGCAGGCUCACCCGGAAAGCCCAGCGCCAGAUUGAGCAGGAGAAGGAAUCCCUUCUCGCGCAAGUCCCUGACGCCGUGACCCGGCUUCGGAAACUGCUAAUGUUGUCGAAUACCGGCAGUCUUCGACUCGAACACGUUCGGAUUGCCAGAAAGGAUUUUGGGCUUCCGGAUGAUUUUGAGUUCUCGGUAAUUCCUAAAUACCCGCAAUAUUUCCGAUUGUUUGAUGGUAAGGAAACUGGGAAUAAGUACAUCGAGGUUGUGGAGAGAGACCCAAAACUGUCUGCUUGUGCUAUAGAGAGACUUAGGGAGAAAGAGUAUAGAGAGAAGGGAAUUAAUGAUGAAGAUAUUAGGUUUUCAUUUAUUGUGAAUUUCCCACCCGGGUUUAAGAUUGGGAAGUAUUAUAAGAUUGCUGUGUGGAAAUGGCAGCGGCUGCCAUACUGGUCGCCUUAUGAUGAUAUUUCGGGUUAUGAUAUGAGAUCGUUUGAGGCGCAGAAGCGUUUGGAGAAAAGGGCAGUUGCGACGAUUCAUGAAUUGUUGUCAUUGACUGUGGAAAAGAAGAUUACUUUGGAGAGGAUUGCACAUUUCCGGUGCGCAAUGCAUUUGCCAAAGAAGCUUAAGGAUUUCCUUCUUCAACAUCAGGGGAUAUUUUAUAUAUCAACCAGGGGUAAUCAGGGGAAGCUUCACACAGUUUUCCUUAGAGAGGCUUAUAAAAAGGGGGAGUUGAUAGAACCAAAUGAUUUGUAUUUGGCAAGGAGAAAGCUAGCUGAGUUAAUUUUGUUGAGUCCUAGAAAGGUUCGUUUGGAUAGGGAACUGGUUAGUUAUAGAAGGGGUGGAGAAGAUGAUGAAAUGAGGAGCAUAAAAAGAGAUAAUGCUAGACAUUGUAGGGAGGAGGAAGAUGACGUGCAGUCAGAUUUAGAUUGUGAAGCUGACUCUGAUUAUACGGAUGAGGACAAUGAUAAUGGGGGAGAUUUGGAGGUAGGUGCUACUCACUUAUUGAGUGACUGAGGAGAGAUUUCUCCUCGGGUCAUUAUGAGAUUUUUUUAGUUCUAGUUAUUUUUUUUAUCCUUUUGCUUCAAAGUGUAAAUGUCUUUCAAUUCCUAGCAAACAUGGAAAAUACAUUGGCUGGGUGAAUGUUGCUCACUUCAGCAUCUAAAUAUUGAGGUUUAUUAGUGGAUUCUGACUGGUUGAUGAUUUAAGGCUGGCAUGUACAUAUGAGUGUCAUCUCUGUAAAGAAUUUAUUAGUAGUCUAUCAUAAGUGGAGAAGCAAUCUGGUGUCGUGUUUGGAUACUUAUGAGAUAUUAUUAAAGGAGAAGCUUUGAUACCUCAAGUUGAUCUAGUUUCGUUAUUGAUGACCUGAAGUUGCAUCCAGUGGAGUAGCAAAAAUUUCUUCCAUCCAUCAUUCCGGAGCAAGAAUGACAGUAACUUCUGCUGAUACAAGAAAGUUGGAGUUUUUGCAUGAAUUGCUGAAACGUGAAGAAUUCUUUGCUUCAGGAUGCUUCCUGUAUAUUUAUGUGUUCUAUGACAAGUAUGUGACUGUCUACUCAAAGGGUUUUAAACUUGAACCAAUUAUGUACACAAAAGUUGUUGACUCAUAUCUACAUUUUCAUGGUUAUCACUUUCAGGGUUUUGAAUUUGGACAUUGAAACCAAGACUUCUUGUAUUUACAUUAAGGGUCACAUGCAUAUGGGACAGGUUAUAUUGUAUUAACAUAUCAGGUUGUUCAGGGUCAUGGUGAAGCUCCUCUUCGGCAAUUAACUCUUUAGUACUGAUUUCCUAUUGAGGGCAGGCAGUAGUUGACAUUGAACUGCUCGCAACACGAAUUAAUGCUCGGUUGCAAAAAGGCCAGUCGGAGAAUAAUUGAGGGACACAAUAUGUUGUGUAAACAUGAAUCCUUUUUGGGGAAUGUGGAUUAGAACCUUCAUCAACCUGCUCAGAUGAUGGUGAGAUCUGUGCCAUAUACUUGGAGAGUGCAUGUACAAUAGCUGCUGAAGGUCAGUUUUUUUUUUUUUUUCCCCCCUGCAUGUGAACUUCCUAUUGUUUUUAAGCUGUGUCAAGGGAACUAAUAUCUGGCUGCAUGAUGUAAUUUGUGCACAUCAACUUUUUCUGUAAUGUAACUCAAACUUACAGAUAAUUGAUGCAUUAUAUUUCUAAUAACAUGUUUUGUAUGUCAUUUGCUCACUA